AUGAACACCAACGAGUCUGAACAUGUUAGCACAAGCCCAGAGGAUACUCAGGAGAACGGUGGGAACGCUAGCUCCAGCGGCAGCCUGCAACAGAUUUCCACAUUAAGAGAGCAGGAUAGAUGGCUGCCUAUCAACAACGUAGCGCGACUCAUGAAAAAUACGCUCCCACCGAGUGCUAAGGUAUCGAAAGAUGCCAAAGAAUGCAUGCAGGAGUGCGUCAGUGAGCUCAUUUCCUUUGUGACCAGCGAGGCAAGCGAUCGAUGCGCUGCAGACAAAAGAAAGACGAUAAACGGGGAAGACAUCCUGAUAUCAUUGCACGCCUUAGGAUUCGAGAACUAUGCAGAGGUAUUGAAGAUCUACUUGGCCAAAUACAGGCAACAACAGGCGCUGAAGAACCAACUGAUGUACGAGCAGGAAGACGAAGAGGUGCCUUAA